AUGGGUCGAAAGAAAAUACAAAUAACGCGGAUCCUGGACGAAAAAUCUUGCCGGGUAAACAAUUAAUCGCGGUUAUUUGUCUCUAUAAACGGUUUGACGGACCGAGGCCCGAGAUGUGGUACAAUAUUAUUAUAAGCGAGGACGUGGAGAAAAAAAAAUUCGAUGGAUACGCCGCAUGGGUUCAUAGGCGUCGUUUUAUUGAUAUGUGCGCGCAAAUCGAAUUUAAAUCGGAAUUUUCUGCGGAGAACGUGAAAUUAAAACCGAAUGUAGUUGCUCGUCCUCUCGAAUCGUGGCAAUUGUAUCGGGUUCAAAAUUAUCAUAACCGAAAAAAACCGUACAUAAUAUUCCGGGUCUGUUGUGUGAUUAAUUUCAUUCAUAGUAAUUAUUUCCAUUGAACGUUAUUAGCGUUUAGCCACAUGUGAGAUCGCGCACGUGUGCGAACUAACACGUGAUAUUAGCAGCGAGAUCUAUUUUUCGAUAUUUCUUAUUAAAACACUUUUUACCGGAUUUCAUACGAAUUAUAUUGUAAAGACGUGUUUGCCGAUUCAAAUUGUACGUGCGGGUUUUUUCCCAAAUAUUUCAAGUUCGUGACACGUGCUCACCAGUCGGUAUAGAUCAGCGGUUCCCAAACUUUUUUUCCCGGGCGGUGCCCUUUUUUGGACAAAAUUCAGCCACGGUGACCUUCUGCGAAUACUGUCAGAAAUAUAUGCGCAUGAAAAAUCAACACUCGAUUGUCAAUGAUCGGUUUUUAUAAUUUUACUGGAUAUAAUUAAAUAUAAGCGUUCUGAAUAUACAGCCGACUUAUUACAUUUUUUAUUUUUUUAAGAUUCAAUUUCAAAUUAACAAAUUAAAAGAAAAUUGCAAUAAAUUAUAAAUAAUUUUUAUGAUGCCCUGUAGGUACAUGGGGUAUACAUCUAUCUGUCUAUUAUUUUAAUGGCUGUGUCAUUGAGUAGUUUUCAGUGUUGAAUCCAAGGGGGCAGUUAUCCCUUUCUAAAAUUUGAUUCACUCAAUUUGAAAAAUUUAGUUAGCAUUAACUGACACUUUUAAGAACCAGUCUUAGUAUUACUGGUACAUUUUUUGUGAUUUGUUCGAUUAAAAAUUUUUAAUUUUACCUACUCAAAAAAUAUAUUUUAAUUUAUAUACAAUAUAAAUACAAGUACGUAAUUCAUGUUUGUAUGUACAGGUGACCUUUAAUAAGAGAAGAUUUGGUUUAAUGAAAAAAGCGUACGAACUAAGUGUGUUGUGUAAUUGUGAAGUCGGUCUAAUUGUAUUCAGUAGCUCAGAUAAAUUGUAUCAAUAUGCUAGUACUGAUAUGGAUCCAUUAUUGCUCAAAUAUACAGAGUAUAGCGGUGAACACGAAUCAUUGACCAACAAGGAUUUUAUUGAAGUAGAUAAUACUUACCAUUAUAGAUUUCAAUAUUAGGUAAUUUAAUGAAUUAUAAUAUGUUUUAUUUAAUUAUAAUAUUUUAUAGACAUUGAUCAAGAAAAGCGCUGGUGUUAUAAACCCAGAGAGUUCAGAUAAAAGUUACGUUAGUUCACUAAGGCCAUACCAUCUUAUUCCUAAAACCGAAUCAAAUUUCGGUGGAACUGAUUUCCAGCCAUUAACAUUACAUCAAAUGAUAGCUACAGUAAUAAUUACUUUUACCUAAUUUAAUGACAUUGUAGACAAAUUAUUAUAUAUUUAUUUAAUGUUUAGAAUAAUGUCUGUGAUAAUCGUUCAUUUUCUACUGCUAUGCCUGUUAGUACUAUGUAUAAUAAUGAGUUUGGAAAUUUACAAAUGCAACACGACAGCCUGCCGUUUCCACCACUGCAAAAUGUCGAUUCUGGUGGCCAUCUUUUAAUGCAAUAUGAAAUGAUGGCUAGAGUAAUUAUUGGUUUAAAAAAAAUAAAUAAUAAUAAUUAGACUAAUUAUAAUUUAUACAUUUUUGUAUUAUUAGAAUAAUGUCAGUGCGAAUUAUUCACCUCCUACCACUAUGCCCGUAAACAAUGUGUAUGAUAAAUUGGGAAAUUUACAACUUCAACACUGUACUAGUCCGAGACUUUCAUCUGGUUAAUUUUAUCUUUAUACCUAUUUUUAUUGUAUAGUGUAGAUUUAUAAAUUAUGUAUUUGUUAUUUAUUGUAAUUAUUUUUCUAGAUUAUCAGGUUUAUCCUCCAAGUAAUUUUUUGAAAAUGGAUCAUGAGUUUCGAGCAUCCAUGCCACCACCACCACCACCACCACCACCAACACCCAGGCCUGAUUCAUGUAUAGUUGUGCCUAAUGCUUCUAGUCACCGUAAAGACAAUAAUAAUAAUAGUAGUAGGAUUAAUGGAUACCGAGCAACUUCACCUGCACUAGUUAUUAAUUCACCUCCUUCAGGGCAACUAGUUAUUUCACAAUCAACUAAAUCUGAUAAACUCAAAUAUGCAUCAAAUAGAGCUACCUCACUGCCACCAAUACCAUUUAAAAAUCAUUCACCCAGGCCUGAUUCACACAUAGUGAUGUCUAAUGUUUCUAGUCACAACAAUGAUGAUAAAAAUAAAGUAUAUUUAUAAUAUUAAAACUGUUUAAAUAUAUUUAUAAUGUACUAAUAAAAUUAUAAUUUAUAAUGCAGAUAAACUCUAUUGAUGCACCAGUUGUAGCCCUUAAUCCUAGACCUAGCUGUUCUUAUCACGGGAUGGUUACUGGUCUUACGUCAACAGACACUGGUUGUUCUUCGGCAUUAAAUUUGUCAAAUCAAACUGCACAUAAUAAGUAUGUUUUUACUUGUUAAGUUGAGUCAUAUUUCAAUUGAUUUCAAUUGAUUUAAAAUAGAGCAUGCAAUUAUAUACAUUUGCAUGUUUAUUGCAUGAUUUAUACUAAAUUUUCCCCUAAAUUACUUCUCUCUUACAACAGUGACCCGCCUAUUGUGUGAAAUAUGUCAUUCUUUUUACAUUUAGAAUUUAUUAAAAGUUAAUUUCAAUUUCAAUUAUUUUAAUUGUUUUGGGUAAUUUUUUUUUGUUUCUGUUAAACUAUUUAGUAGUAUAGUGCUGUUCUUUGUGUAAAAAGGUUUUUCUUUUUAAUUAUUUUUUAUGAAUUAGUAUAUUGCAUAUAAUUGCAUAUUUAUCUAAUUUUUAUAUGCAUUUUUGCAUAAUUUUUGUCGAUUGUAUUUUUAAAUGCAAAUAAUUCCAGACCUCUGAAAAUUAUUUUUUUCUCCGUUACAGUGGAAUGUUGCAUGUAGAUAAAGAGUCACUUUCACAAUCAACUUCAUAUUCUAACUGCACCAGAAGUGGUGAGUCACCUACAUAUCUGCACACCUCUUCUUUUAUAUCAAGAAAAAUAUCCGAUAUUGAUGUUUCUCAUUCUAUCGGCCAUUCAUCUCAAUACUCCUCUGGUGAAGGUAAACAAAUUUUGUUAAUGAUCAUUUUUAUAAAAUGUAUAUUAAUUAUUUUAUCUUGUUUUUGUAAUAUUUCCUAGGUGGACCAUCUCCGAAAAAGUUCCGUAAUACCCUGCAUGACUAAACUGUUCGGUUCAGUCAAAACCACACCUAAUCCCUUGAUUCUAUUUUUUCUUCUCCUAAAAACAAAAAAAAAUCAUAAACAAAUUAUAUUAAUUUAAACUUUUUUCCCACUGAAAAACCUUUAACUUACAUUACGUAGUAGGAAUCUAUUGAUUAUUUGAAACGAAUCUAUUAAUUUUUUUCUUUAGACCUUUGUUUUGUUAACUAAAUUGUAUAAAUAUUUUUGUUCUUAACAUUUUCAAAUAAAUAUGAAUUUAUAUCCAACCUUUGUGUUAUCAGUGAUUUUGGCUAUGUCCUGAUCUAUAUUCAUCAAUUAAUAUGUUGGCAAAUUUGUAUGUUUAAUCCAAAUAGAAUAUAGGUUUUAGUUAUACUAGUCAAUAAAAUAGUGUAAGACUAAGAUCAAUUUUUGUUUUUGUUUUUUUUAUUCUUAACACUUCAUUUGUGUGCAUAUUCUGGAUCUUUUUUGCAUUUCUUGCAUUUCUUGCAUGUUUUUAUACGAUUCACUUCUUCAACCGAUGUUUUCCCAGUUCCUUGGCUGUCGACGUCCACACUGCUAAGUUAUCCUCACUCAGCAUCCCUACGUCUGAUGCUAGCUUGCAUUAUUUAUUUAAGAUGUUUGGCUGCUGUUCUUGUUGGGAGUUUCAGACUAUACAAACUUAUUGGUUAAAUCCAAAGUACCAAGUGCGCCAUUGCACAUUGAUAUAGAUCCAGAUAUAAGGAAUGGUUCAGUUCUUGUAUUCUCCUCAUCAGUUUGGUGUAAGAAAAUAUGGCCGCCUCAUCAUUCUGAAGCCGAGUUGAAUGCUAUGGUGUUCAUCAGCACAGAUGAUAUGGUAAAUACUACAGUUGCCAGACCUAUAUAA